UUCACAGCUCGCUGGAGUUUCUGCUGUGGAUGAAAUAUUUCAUCUCCUGACCUGCAGCAACCAUGACUUCAGUUCAGGCUUUGAGAGAGUUUGUAAACGAGCGACUGACUGCUGCUGCAGGAGAAAUAUUCGCUGUGUUUGAACAAACGAUCAUCCGAUACGAGGAGGAGAUUGGUCGUCAGCGCAGAUAUUUGGAAAUCAACUGGAACCCUCAAGUCAAGUUGCAGAGAACAGAGCUUCGACAGCAUCAUGACAACAAGGAGGAGCAGCUCUCUCAACAGGAAACAGACUACUGUCUUGAGCAGGAAGAACCAGAACCUCUGUUGAUCGGAGAGGAAGAAAGAGUACCAGAACCUAAAAAGAUCAAAGAGGAACAAGAACAACCAGAACUUUCACAGAUCAGAGAGGAGCCAGAAGAACCAGGAAUUCUAUUAUUAAAAGAUGCACAGGAGAAACCAGAACCUUCAGAGCUGAAAAUAAUUGGCAUAUUUCAUGGUGACAAUGUGGACCACUUCCCCGUGUCAGAGAAGCAGGCUGGACGUGAAAAGAUUCGUCGUGAGAAAACAUGUGUUAAAAUGGCCAGAAAACGCCGGAAAUUACGCCGGAAUAUGGGAACUGUCACAUAUUCUUGUAAAAUAUGUGAUAAAAGUUUCAGUAUACAUAGUUCUUUGUUAGUCCAUAUGAGAAUUCACACAGGUGAGAAGCCGUAUUCCUGUGAAACAUGUGGGAAAAGUUUCAGUUUGCAGAGUAAUUUAAUGAGGCACAAGAGAACUCACACAGGUGAGAAGCCCUAUUCCUGUGAAACGUGUGGGAAAAGGUACAGUCGAAAGAAUGAUUUGUUUCGCCACACGUUGAGUCACACAGGUCAGAAGCCGUAUUCUUGUGAAAAAUGCGAGAAAAGUUUCAGUGUACACAGUAAUCUGUUGUAUCACAUGAGAACUCACACAGGGGAGAAACCAUAUUCUUGUGAAACAUGUGGGAAACGUUUCUUUAACCACAAUGCUUUGCUUAGCCAUAUGAGAUGUCACACAGGUGAGAAGCCCUAUUCUUGUGAAACGUGUGGAAAAAGUUUCAGUUUGCAGAGUAAUUUGAUGAGGCACAAGAGAAUUCACACAGGUGACAAGCCAUAUUCCUGUGAAACAUGUGGGAAAAGAUACAGUCGAAAGAAUGAUUUGUUUCGCCACACGUUGAGUCACACAGGUCAGAAGCCGUAUUCUUGUGAAACAUGCGGGAAAAGUUUCAGUGUGCAGAGUCAUUUAGUGACUCACAAGAGAACUCACACAGGUGAGAAGCCAUUUUCUUGUGGAACCUGUGGGAAACGUUUCUUUGACCACAAUGCUUUGCUUCGCCAUAUGAGAAGUCACACAGGCAAGAAGCCGUAUUCUUGUGAAACGUGUGGGAAAAGUUUCAGUCAAAACAAUAAUUUGGUGGUCCACAAGAGAAUUCACACAGGUGAGAAGCUGUUUCCUUGUGAAACAUGUGGGAAAAGGUUCAGUCGAAAGAAUGAUUUGUUUCGCCACUCGCAGACUCACACAGGUCAGAAGCCGUAUUCUUGUGAAACAUGUGGUAAAAGUUUCAGUGUGCAGAGUCAUUUAGUGACUCACAAGAGAAAUCACACAGGUGAGAAGCCAUAUUCUUGUGGAACUUGUGACAGAAGUUACAGUCGAAAGAAUGAUUUGUUGCGCCACAUGAUAAGUCACACAGGUGACAUAAUAUUUUCUUGUGGGACAUGUCAGAAAAGCUUUACCAGUCACAGUUUGUUGCUGCACCAUGUCAACACUCAUAAAGACAGUCACUCUGGACUUCCAUCUUACUCUGCAAGUCUAGCUUUACCCCAACAGGGAUCAUCCAGUUGACAGGAAACGUGACUGAUUUAGAUUCUGUUGAGACUGCUUCAGAGAAAAACAAGUUGUUUGUCAUGAAAAGGAGAAGAUUUAAAGGAACUUGGUUUCCAUUUGUGUUGAACUACUCAAAAGCUGACAAAUGAUCCCAUGGUUGCAGAAUCAUUCUUUGAAAAGUCCAUUUAGUUUAAUUUCUAUCAAGACUACUUUUUUUUUUUUACAAAAUGUGAAAUGAACAUCCUUGUUUGAGCAGUU